GAGCUGCCACACUGCCUCAUCCUUGACCAGAUGGCUCAGCUUGGUCUUGCUUUGGAAGAAGUCUAGCCUCUGGUGCUGCAAGCUUGCAUUUGUCCCCACCAAACCCAGGAGGGGGCCAGGACCCAAAGCUGCCAUGCCUUUAGCUAGCAUCGCAGCUCCAGGAAUCCAGCACAUGUCUGUUCCUUCCCACCCACGAUUGGCACUGUGCUUUUCAGCCCGCAGUGCUGCUGACGAGACAGGAAAGGCCGUUGUUUACCUUGUGGCAUUUCAUCUGUUCUUUGUUAUGUUUGUAUGGUCCUAUUGGAUGACAAUUUUCACCUCUCCCGCUUCCCCCUCCAAAGAGUUCUACUUGUCCAGUUCUGAAAGGGAACGUUAUGAAAAAGAAUUCAGCCAAGAACGACAACAAGAAAUUUUGAGAAGAACAGCAAGGGACUUACCGAUCUACACCACAUCAGGCUCAAGAACCAUCAGAUAUUGUGAAAGAUGUCAGUUGAUUAAACCUGACCGUGCGCACCACUGCUCAGCAUGUGACAUGUGUAUUCUUAAGAUGGAUCAUCACUGUCCUUGGGUGAAUAACUGUGUGGGAUUUUCUAAUUACAAAUUCUUCCUGCUGUUUUUAUUGUAUUCCCUGUUAUAUUGCCUUUUUGUGUCUACAACAGUUUUACAGUACUUUAUAAAAUUUUGGACGCUUUGCCACAGGAAUUCUACAGAGAGUUGUCCAGAGAACGAACUCACAGAUACACGUGCCAAAUUCCACGUGCUUUUUCUUUUUUUUGUAUCUACAAUGUUCUUCGUCAGCGUCCUGUCACUGUUUAGCUAUCACUGCUGGCUAGUUGGGAAAAAUAAAACAACAAUAGAAUCAUUUCGUGCACCCACAUUUUCAUAUGGACCUGAUGGAAAUGGUUUCUCUCUUGGAUUCAGUAAAAAUUGGAGACAAGUCUUUGGUGAUGAAAAGAAAUACUGGCUGCUUCCAAUAUUUUCAAGUUUGGGUGAUGGUUGCAGUUUUCCAACUCGCCUUGUGGGAAUGGAUCCAGAACAAGCUUCUGUAACAAACCAAAGUGAAUAUGCCAGAAGUAUUGGCUCAAAUCAACCCUUUCCUAUCAAACCACUUAGUGAAUCAAAAAACCGAUUGCUGGACAGUGACUCUCAAUGGCCAGAGAAUGGAUCUGAAGAAGGCACUGUCAGAUCAGGGACAAAUAACCAUGUUACAGUGACAGUAGAAAAUUGAGUACCACUUGUUCAU